AUGUCGGACCUGGAGACAAAAUAUCAUGAUAAUCAACUUGAAACGAAUAUAAAUUACGACAAUGAUUCCGAAAGCGAGAGUUCGAACGACACGAUUGGACACCUGGACGAGCUCGAACUUACCCGUAUCAACACAUAUCGAUUGCAGCAAAAGACAACCGUUGGUUCUGUAAGGGGUCUUACCCCACGAGAAAAAUGGCUCGCCAUGGGAGCCGGAAAGGAGCAUCCACCUCUUCUUCCAGACUCUGAAGCAUACGUGGUGGAAUUUGAUGGUACAGACGAUCCGUUACACCCUUAUAACUGGCCUUCGCUCAAAAGAAUUUCUCUUGUUGCCAUCCUCUGUUACAGUACAUUCGCUUGCUCUUUUACCAGUGCCGUCUUCUCAGCCGCCAUCCCCGGAGUUGUUCAAGAAUUUCAAACAAGCAAGGAAGUGGGAUCACUUGGCGUUGCACUUUAUGUUCUCGGAUUUGCAGCUGGUCCAACCAUCUGGGCGCCAGGAUCGGAGCUUAUUGGGAGACGUGGACCGCUCUCGGUAGGGAUCCUUGGGUGUGGGAUCUUCACAGUGGCAUGUGCUACUGCGAAGGAUCUGCAGACUAUCAUGAUAUGUCGGUUCUUUGCGGGACUAUUUGCUGCAAGUCCCAUUUCGGUUGUUCCGGCUGUCUUUGCAGACUUGUUCAAUAAUGCCCAGCGAGGAAUGGUAAUGUCGGUCUUCUGCAUGGCUGUUUUUAUUGGACCCUUUGCGGCGCCAUUCAUCGGUGGAUUUAUUGAAAUGAGCACCUUGGGAUGGCGCUGGAUCAUGUACAUCUCGGCUAUAAUGGUAUUUCUAGGGUUUAUAUUAGCUCUUCUAUGCCUUGACGAGACUUACCCCCCGGUCAUCUUGGUCCAGAAAGCAGCCACCCUGCGCCGACAAACUCGGAAUUGGGGCAUUCACGCCAAGCAAGAUGAGGUCGAGGUAGAUUUUAUCGCACUCAUCUGCACAAACUUUACGCGACCAAUUGUCAUGUUGGUCACGGAGCCCAUUCUUUUUCUGAUAUCCUUAUAUAUCUCUUUUAUCUACGGCUUGAUAUAUGCUCUACUCGGGGCUUAUCCAGUGGUAUUCGAAGGAGUUUAUCACAUGAGCAUGGGGGUAGGUGGACUGGCAUUUGUAGGACUCAUUAUCGGUGAGCUCCUUGGAGGUGUUCUUAUGCUCUUUCUCCAACGCUCUUAUGCAUCCAAGCUCUCUUCAAACGGCGACAAGCCCGUCCCUGAAUGGCGCCUCCCGCCUGCUAUCCUUGGAGCAGUGGUAUUUGCCAUCGGCAUGUUUUGGUUCGGUUGGACCGGAUAUACCUCCUCUAUUCAUUGGAUAGCGCCUGUGGCGUCUGGAGUUUUCACAGGUGCAGGAAUCUUUCUAAUAUUUUUACAAUGCUUCAACUAUAUUGUUGAUUGCUAUCCCGCUCUGGCCGCAUCUACAAUUGCGGCGAAUACCAUUAUGCGCUCUGCUAUCGGCUGUACGUUUCCAUUAUUCUCUCGUCAAAUGAUGGAGAAUCUUGGCGUUCAAUGGGCCGGCACACUGCUAGGGUGUAUUGCUGUUAUUAUGAUACCGAUUCCAGUCAUAUUCAAGGUUUAUGGCCCAUGGCUACGGGGAAAGAGCAAGCUGGCUUGCUCACCGAUGUAUGAUAUAGAUAAAAAGACUUUUGAAGUAUAA